AUGCACAAUAUGUCUUUCCCUAACCCUUUUCGUUCAACCUCCAAUUCCGGCGAUCAAUCUAAUGAAAAUCCAUCUCCUUACGUUCCUUUGAUUGACGCCGGCAGGGAUCCGACCAGAGCUCCGGCUAAAAGCCGUCGUCGUCCCUCUAGAGUCGUCGUCCUCUUGUUGGCCGGGCUAUUGGCUGUAGCAUUGUUGUUGGCUGUGGCUUUGAAUUAUAAAGGAAAUGGAGAUGAGGAUUCCGCCACGAAUCGGCCAGAGAAUAAAAUGCCUUCAGUGGCGCGUGGAGUCGAAGAAGGGGUGUCAGCCAAGUCAUUUAUUCCAUUGUUGGGAUCGGCAAAAUAUUCUUGGACUAACAAAAUGUUGGAUUGGCAGAGAACUGCUUACCAUUUCCAGCCAAAAAAGAAUUGGAUGAAUGGUCCAUUGUUCUACAAGGGAUGGUACCAUUUCUUCUACCAAUACAAUCCAUAUGGUGCUGUAUGGGGCAACAUUGUUUGGGGACAUGCAGUAUCAAGAGACCUUAUCCACUGGCGCCACCUUCCGAUCGCCAUGGUUCCCGAUCACUGGUACGAUAUCAAUGGUGUCUGGACGGGGUCCGCUACGAUUCUUCCCGAUGGCCAACUUGUCAUGCUCUACACUGGUUCAACCAAUGAAUCAGUGCAAGUCCAAAAUCUUGCAUACCCUGCUGAUCCAUCUGAUUCCCUGCUUACUAAUUGGAUCAAGUACUCCGGGAACCCUGUCCUGGUCCCACCACCCGGCAUUCAUUACAAGGAUUUCCGAGACCCCACCACCGCGUGGUUGACCCCAGAGGGCAAGUGGCGCAUCACCAUUGGUUCUAAGGUGAACAAAACUGGCAUUUCAUUGGUGUACGACACUACAGACUUCAAAAGCUAUGAACUCCUGGAUGGAGUGCUCCAUGGUGUCGCGGGUACGGGCAUGUGGGAGUGUGUGGAUUUUUACCCGGUUUCGAAGAUCAAGGAAAACGGGUUAGACACAUCUGAACAUGGUCAAGAUGUGAAACAUGUACUCAAAACUAGCCUUGAUGAUGAUAGAAAUGACUACUAUGCACUAGGAACAUAUGAUAGUUCUACUGCAAAAUGGACUCCUGACAAUCCAAUAAUCGACGUUGGUAUUGGAUUAAGGUACGAUUAUGGAAUUUUCUAUGCAUCAAAGACAUUUUAUGAUCAAGAGAAGAAUAGAAGAGUCUUGUGGGGUUGGAUCAAAGAGAUGGAUAGCGAAAAUACAGAUAUACAAAAGGGUUGGUCAUCAGUUCAGGCUAUUCCGAGGACAAUUCUGUUGGACAAGAAAACCGGUAGUAACUUAGUACUAUGGCCAGUUGAAGAGGUGGAGAAGUUAAGAUUCAAGAAGAAGGUAUUCGACAAAGUGGAGGCCAAAGCCGGUGAAGUGGUGCCGCUGGAAGUUGGCUCUGUCACUCAGCUAGAUAUCGUGGUUGAGUUUGAAGUGGAUCAGAAUGCCUUGGAUAGCAUAGAUGGCGCUAAUACAACCUACAGCUGCAAUGCCAAUGGUGGGGCUGCUGAAAGAGGCGCGUUGGGACCAUUCGGUUUAUUGGUCCUCACCGAUAAUGACCUAACAGAGCAAACUCCAAUUUACUUCUAUAUUUCCAAAGACGCUGAAGGAAAUUUCAAGACAUUCUUUUGUGCUGAUCAGUCAAGGUCGUCUAAGGCACCGGAUGUUGACAAGGGAAUUUAUGGCAGUACAGUACCAGUACUAAAAGGCGAAAAACUAUCUAUGAGAAUACUGGUGGAUCACUCUAUAGUCGAGACCUUUGCUCAAGGUGGAAGGACGUGCAUCACCUCACGUAUAUAUCCAACAACAGCAGUCGGUGAAGAUGCUCGGCUCUUCCUGUUCAACAACGCCACCGAUGCAGGAAUAACUGCAUCGCUUCAAAUAUGGCAAAUGAGUUCUGCAUACGUGCAAUGA